GAUGCGAUAUAUAAAAUGUACGCGUAGAUUUUUAGUCAGAUGUGGAUUUGACUUUAAACACGUUGGUGUACCCGCCCAAAAAUAAUGAAGGGUAGAGUGAUACUGUUGCUAAUUUUUGUUCUAAUCUGUGAACUUGUCAGUGAAUUAUCAGCAGCACCGGCGCCAUUUGUUUUUCCUGGACCCUCAUCAGACGACUAUUCCGAUUCCUACGACGAUGGUCCGCAAGGGCGAAAUUUAUUUGGCCACAAACGAAAACACCAUCGAUUUUCAGGAGGUCACGGCUGUCGAGGUCACGGCUGUGGCGGAGGCUUUGGCUCGAGACCGGACUACGGGGGUUAUUACCCGAACAAUCAAGGUGGCUCCUUCGCCACAGCAUCCGCAGGAUCUUUGGGUCCAUCCAACAGUCAAGCGAAUGCCCAGAGCGCAACUUUUAACUUCGGACCUUUCUCGGCAUCUUUCAGCGCUGCCCAGGCUUCUUCUGGCCGUCAAAAUGGCUCUCCUUUUCUGAACUACGACUACUAGCCGUCUGACAGCGGCUGGCCGAAACUACUCAUCAAUCAUCAAAUCAAUCACUCCGUCCAUUACGAAUCCAUGUGCGUCCUAUUUAUUAACAAAUCUAUAAAUAAGUGUAAGCUCACCCGAUAAAAAAAAAAAUUUAUUCAAAAAAAUAUGUAAUACAGUAUUUAUAAAUAAAAAAAUAAAAUGCAGUUGCGUGCAUUUAAAAACCUCGAUUUUUCUUUAACCAAACGAAUCUUAAGAUUUCUCAAGAGAGUACAUUGGAGUUCUUUGUCCGGCCACAGCCACCAGCACCAGAUGUUCUUUAAAAUAAAAUCGGCAAGAGUUUUGCUGGCAAAAGUGGGAGAGGAUGAGGAGUAAAAAUCAAAGAGAAAGUCUGAGGAAUAAAAAAUAUUAAAAAGACAGAAGGGCGAGGGAGGGACGAACACAAAGGGCUGAAGAACGCGCACACUCGGAAACUCACUUUAGAUUUUUUACUUAAAAAAUUCCGGAGCGUUUUAUAAAAAGUACAUCAGUAAGUAAUUUAUAUAAAUAUUUUUAAAAUCCAGAGGGUAAAAAAUAACCGGAGUACUUGCUACCGAUUUAUGAGACUUUAAAAAAUAAUUCAGUCCUGUCUAUAUGAGCUCCGACUGACGUGACGAGUUGAAAUAGUGGGUAAUAAAUUUAUGAAAAUAAUGAGGUAAUAAAAAUAUUAAAAGCCAUCCAGGCGAUAUGUUGCUGAGUGAUAUAUAUGUGAGCUCUGUAAAUUCGUUAGGGAUAAUUUAGGAUGAUAUUCUCUUAAGCAAAGGGUUACGGCCCUGUCAGCCGGUAAACCCGUCGUUGUUCGAUCAUGCUCCAGCAUCGGAGAUGUACCAGUGCUCGGCUGCAAGACGGGAGAGCAGAGAGCAGAGGAAGAGACGGAGGAAAGACGGGAAUUAAAAAAAAUGAAAUAGAAAGUGGUUCGUCCGGUGCAACAACCUACAGUCUGUGUAUGUAAUCUUUUAAAAAACACAACUCCCGAUACGAGUGGUACUGUCGUUGGUGUUGUUCCUGUUCUGGUGAGCGAAAUGCUGCUGGUAUAGUCGCUGCAGGGAGGAAGAGAGUGAUCCCGCGGGCUUCGUUCCAAUCCUGCUCGCAUUUCUCGUGCGGUUGUCGUCUCGUAAAGUUAUCUCGGGGUAGUGUCG